GUAUUUUGAAAUCUCCAAUAAAUGGGACAUUCCAAGAUACUUUUUACUGUUCAAUUAUUGCCUAGUUUAUCUAUUGUCUAUGUUGUUACAUCAAUUCUAGAUUUUGAUUGAGUUUGUAUUGUAUCUCAUAAAAAAUAUGACAAGUUCAAGUCAUUUUAAUUCACAUGUAGAUUAUUUUCCAAUAGGAACCGAUUUUAGCAAAAUUCAUCCAGAUGAUCAUGAAUGUGAAUUAAGCUUUAGUGGAGAAUCAGAACUUUUAGAAAAGAAGAAAGCCUGUAAGAAAUAUCCAGGACAUCCAUAUCCAACAUUCAUUUCUUUACCAACAUUUAAGAUUGAGAAUUUUCCCCUGGCUUAUCAAGACAAAGAUUUGUAUGAACUAACACGGACAACGGCGGCUCUUACAGUUAGAAUAAGCACUUCAGUUGUUAGCCACGACAGACCAGAUUGUUAUCCACAGACAGGUCACCCCUAUCCGUUAAAUAAAUAUAAAGGGAGAAAUAUAAUGAACGUAGGCACAGGCCGGGUUGCUCGAAUAGACAUAGCAGAUAAGCAUCAAGGAAAGGAAGUAUGUCAUUGCUCUACGUGUGAAGGCUCUUCCACUCCAAACACAGUCAAAGGUAAGGUCAUCAUUCACACUGCACGUCACGUAAUUUAUGAUGACAUCGAGGCUGCAAAGACCGACAUGAAUUUGUGGUACGACCACGAUGGUAGCGCAUGUGUUAAGUUGAAAGGGUUACGAUUGAUGGAAAAAGACUCAACAUAUGAUCUUUGCAAGCUUGUCUGCCAUGUUUGUGAUACUGAACUUUUAAAAAGAUUGGACAAUUUGGUAAAAAGUUGGACUGAUUUAUGCAGAAAAGUUCGAGAUAAAUUCAGAAACUCUAGCAGCACAGACAGACUGACGGUCAUUGUGUCACACCCACACGGGUGUUAUAAGCAAGUGACCAUUGGCUACUGGAGUGAAGCGCGUGAGUUAGAAGAUGCAAGGACAAAGUAUUUUUACGACACUGCCACAUGUCCAGGGAGCAGCGGUGCUUUUGUCUUCACACUGGGUCGUGAAAUGGCUUGGUUCAAUGAGCAUGUCCACAGUGGAAAACUGAAAGGGAGAAACAUGAGCGGAGCUGGACUUGAUUUCUAGCUUUUUAUUUUGUGUCCCGAAACAAUCCGAGUUGACAACUCUUAAAAAACUCUUUAAGACAUGGGACUGCUGUGAGGAUCCAUGCAGCCAAAUUUUCCUACUGCCCAUGCACCACAUAUUAUCAUCCAUAAUUAACAUGUUGCUGAAAUGAUAAUAUAGAAUUAGAUUAGGUAAAAUUAAUCCUCGGAAUUUUCAAUAUAAUUCAUGCAAUUUAACUGUAUAUGUAUGUGCAAGUGUUUUUGGCAUGUUUAAAUAGAAAGGACAUAUAUAUAUAUAUACAUGGGCGUAGCCAGGAUUUUUUUUCGGGGGGGGGGGGGGUUUAGGGGGGGAUUUUUAGGGGUUUUAAACUCAAAACCCCCUGGUAGUGGUUUUAAACUCAAAACCCCUUUAGCUGUGCUGGGGCAAGUGAUAGUUUAAUAUUAAAAUCUCACCUAAAAUUAACAAAAUCAAAGCAAAAAAACAUGUCACUAAAUUCCGUCUCCCCCCCCCCCCCGUGGUAGGGGGUUUCAAACUCAAAACCCCAUGGUAGGGGUUUUAUACGGGGCAAGUGAUGGUUUAGUAUUAAAAUCUUACAUAAAAUAAAGAAAAUCAAAGCAAAAAAUCAGUCACUAAAGUCCGUCUCCCCCCCCCUCCCCGAGGGGGGGAUUUCAUUUCGGGGGGGGGGGGGGGUUUGAACCCCAAACCCCCCCCCCCCCCUGGCUACGCCCAUGUAUAUAUAUAUCACCAAACUUCUAAGAUUUUUUAUUAUACAUGUAUUUAUUGUAAUUGGUAUUAAACAGAUAUCUAUGUUGCUAGUUUAUUUUUUUCCCCCUUUAAAUUGUACUCAAAGUCAUAAUUAGAUGUAUUAUGUUUUUCUUUAUAUUGUAACAUUACAAGCUUUAUAUAUAUAUAUAUUGUGAAACUAUUACUUAGCAGUUCACAUACUUAGGCAGCGUCAUAACAAACAAUUGAGAUGCCUACCAUGACAUAACAUGUCGAAUGGGAAAGGCAGGGAGCAUUUUUCUAUUUGUCCUAUUUGGACAAUCCAAGCUAUUGGACUUGAGACACCUAUUUAAGAAAGUCGUCCUCCCAACAGCACCGUAUGCUUGCGAGACGUAGACGUCAUCUUCCAAAACUGAGAAAAGACUAAAGGAGGCUCAACAGAAAUGGCUAAGACGGAUUUUUGAAGGCAGUUACAAAGAUCGGGUCUCAACGAAAUCCUUUGCCGAACUGGGAUUCGACCACCUAAUGAGGUUAUGACUGAACGUCACGUGAGGUUUACGGGGCAUGCCCUCCAACAGAAUGAACUAAGCAUACCAAGAGUUGCAAUGACAUGAAGGCCAAUACGAGGAAAUCGCAAACAGGGACGUCCUCGUAUAACUCAGAGCAGUGGACACCAGCUGGGAAGAGGCUUCAGAUGUUGCCAGUGACAGAUCUUUAUGAAGUCAGCUUGCCGCCCAAUGAGACGAACAGUGCGGGAGGAUCUAAGUCGAAGUCUCAAGUUAUAAUUUGACUCGUCGUUUAAUUUCGAUAAAAAACUGUAUGGCUUUUUAAACCAUUAAUCACUUUCAAUAAUUUGUGUACAUUUUUUUGUCGUUUGAUAACUUCAUUAGUAAAGGAAUUGGAUCUCACUGUUAGUGCAAAGGACUGCUUUUGUAUGUUUUACACAUUUGUGUUUGAUAUAAUAAAAUAGUACUACAGAA